AAAACACGCCGACACCGUAUUUUAUAAAUCGGAAAUAGCACUAAAAUCCAUACUGAAAACGUAUGAAUAUACGAGUUGACAACAUUCGAAAAGAUUAAUUGCCUAAAUGUUAGCCCAUAUUGAGGCCCAAUUUUAGCUGCAUUAUGAAGUUGCUCCGUAGAAUUCCUAAUUGUUUCCUCUACAUCAGAUCACUACGGCAGAAUCAAGUUGCCAGUGUGUACGGAGGCCAAAUAAAUUCACAAUCGAAGCCCUAUACCCCUCGUAGGGCUGUGAUGUAUGUACCAGGCAAUGAUCAGAAAAAAAUGCAGAAGGUUACCUCCCUUGAUUUGGAUAGUGCAGUCUUGGACUGUGAAGAUGGCGUGGCAGCAAAUAAAAAGGAGGAAGCUCGUUCCACAAUAAGAGAAGCCCUGGACCAGAUUGACUUUGGUCGCACCGAGUGUAUCGUGCGAGUGAACUCGGUUACCAGUGGACUAAUGGAGGGGGACUUGUUGGAAGUACUGAAAGCCAAGAGAAUGCCCCACGCCCUCAUGUUGCCCAAGGUGGAGCGGCCACAGGACAUUGACAUGUUUACCAAGCAGCUGAAGGUGGCAUUACAGGGGAGAUCACUCCAGACCCGCCCCUUCCUGAUCACGUACGUGGAGAGCGCCCUGGGUCUGAUGAACCUGAGGGACGUAUUUCAGAAGACGGUGGAUCUCCAACUGAAGGAGCAGCUGUACGUGCUGGAUGGAGUCGUGUUCGGAUCGGAUGAUUAUUGCGCAGAUAUUGGAGCCACAAGAACAGCUGAUGCUAAGGAAUUACUGUAUGCCAGGCAGAAAAUAGUCACAUGUGCUAAAGCCUUCAAACUACAAGCCAUUGAUAUGGUACAUAUUGAUUUAAAAGACUUAGAAGGAAUUGAGAAGCAGUCACUGGAAGGAGCCAGGAUGGGUUUCACAGGAAAGCAGGUCAUCCACCCCUCCCACGUGCCCAUUGUCCAGAGAGCCUUCUCCCCCAACCAGGAUCAGGUGGUGUGGGCCACGGAGCUCGUGGAGGCGUUCAGUAAACACACAGAGUCAGGGAAGGGUGCUUUUACAUUCAGAGGAAAGAUGAUAGACAUGCCAUCUGUCCUGCAAGCUAAAAACAUUUUACAACUCUCAGCUAAUAUUGGAUCUAAGGCACCCUGACAUGUGAUUGGCUCAUAAAGGCUGUGACCUUUUACUGACCAAGAAGUACCACAUCAGCAACUUACUGCUUUCAGAUGGAUUGUCAUCUGCUGUGAUGCCCAGUUUGUGUACCAUGAAUAAAAAAAAAAUUAACAAUAUUCUGUAAUCAUUAUUCCAUUGGUCAUAUUGGCAUUACAAAAUUCAAAACAAACUAAAACACAUACAUAUUAUUUGUAUUGAACACAAACAUAUAAUUUGUGUGUAGCAGGUCAGUUUUUAACUUUUUUUAGGUAGAUGUUAAGGUGAACCAUGUUUUUGAAAAAAAUCCAAUGCUUUUUUGCAUAAUGGAAGUUCACAAUUCAACAUGGACAAAAAAUUUUAGAGACUUUGAGACUGAGGUUAAUCAUGUUAGAUGGUAGAGGUGUCUAUAUGUAAUCAGUUGGUUUAGUUUUUAAUUCUGUUAUUUUACAUGUACAUACAUGUAAUUAUAUCAAUAUAUUAAUACUCUGA